UCGCAUACUUCCUUCAAGCAUUUGGGUUCUUUGGCUCAUAUAAAACUCUAUACCCAUCCCAACACUUGGCCUAAAUUCUAAUCAUUUAACUCAACUGAAGACCAAAUUCUUUUUAUUCUAGUGUUAUUUUCUUGAGGUGCAACGGAGAGAAAGAAAUGGGAAGAGCACCAUGUUGUGAGAAAAUGGGGAUGAAGAGAGGACCGUGGACUCCUGAAGAAGAUCAAAUCUUGAUUAACUAUAUUCAUCUUUAUGGUCAUUCGAAUUGGCGAGCUCUCCCUAAACACGCAGGUUUACUUAGAUGUGGGAAAAGUUGCAGACUUCGUUGGAUCAAUUAUCUGAGACCUGACAUCAAACGUGGCAAUUUCACUCCUCAAGAAGAAGAAACUAUCAUCAAUCUGCAUGAAAGCUUGGGCAACAGAUGGUCUGCGAUUGCUGCAAAGUUGCCGGGACGAACCGACAAUGAAAUAAAAAAUGUUUGGCACACUCAUUUGAAGAAGAGAGUCAACAAAAAACAAAACAAUGGCGGAGACACCAAAGACAUUAACGGAAUUAACGAGACCAGUCAGACCACCACACAUGAUGAAGACAAAGAAUCUAUGAUUGUGGAGACAACCUCUCCGCAACAGUUUUCUAGUAGCAUUACGACGUUUGAUAUUUCAAACAACCAUAUUAUGUCGUACGAGGAUAUUUCUGCCUUGGUAGAUGAGAGCUUUUGGUCGGACUUCGUAUCGGUAGAUAAUUCGAAUCAUCAUAAGGAGAAGAAGCUAGAGGAGGAUUGGGAGGUAUUGCUAGAUAGGAAUAUUAAGAGAAAUAGUUAUAAUAAUUCGGAGUUGUAUGAUGAUGACAUGGAGUUUUGGUUUGAGCUUUUCACUAGUAAUCGUAGAAUUGAGGAAUUUUCCGACAUACCUGAGUGUUAAUUUUAAUUUGUGCUGUUUUUGUCGUUAAGACUUUGAAAGAGUCUUUUUGUAAUCCAAAUGAAUAAAUUAAAAGUCCUUUUUUCUCUAAUUUGUAAACUUUUGCA